CUUUUAAUUUGGAAAGUCUCCCGGUAAUACUCUUGUAGCUGCUUUCGCGGUUUUGAGUGGCGGCUCGUGAUCACGGAAAAACCAACACUUGCUGCUUUUUAAAUUUAAAAUCAAUACUUUUGGAAGACCAAAACUCCUAAGAGAUGUUUUAUCACAUCUCUUUGGAGCAUGAGAUUCUCCUCCAUCCACGAUACUUUGGACCGAAUCUUCUGAACACAGUCAAACAGAAGCUGUUCACUGAGGUGGAGGGAACAUGUACUGGGAAGUAUGGCUUUGUUAUUGCAGUGACCACAAUCGAUAAUAUUGGGGCCGGUGUUAUCCAGCCUGGCAGAGGUUUUGUGUUGUAUCCCGUCAAAUACAAAGCCAUCGUGUUUCGUCCCUUCAAGGGAGAAGUUGUGGAUGCUGUCGUCACACAGGUUAACAAAGUUGGACUCUUUACAGAAAUUGGCCCCAUGUCUUGUUUCAUUUCUCGUCAUUCAAUCCCCUCCGAGAUGGAGUUCGACCCAAACUCAAAUCCUCCGUGCUAUAAGACAGUCGAUGAGGACAUUGUGAUCCAACAAGAUGAUGAAAUUCGACUGAAGAUUGUGGGAACUCGAGUGGAUAAGAAUGAUAUUUUUGCCAUUGGAUCUCUCAUGGAUGACUACCUGGGUCUUGUGAGCUGAUUCUUAUACCAAGAAUAUGGGAAAUAUGAAAUGCUGUGGUGAUGCUAAAUAGUUUGUAUAUACUGUAAUUAUAUACUGUAAUGUCUUUUU